GGACUAUAGCUCGGAUAAUGAGAAUUGCCUAGAUGAUGGUGAAGAUAAUUCUGAUGAUGAGUAUUGCCUUGAUGAUAGUGAAGAUAACUCUGAUAAUGAGUAUUGCUUAGAUGAACUUGAAAAGCUUGAUCCUAAAGAACCAUUAAUUUACAAAUUUGACGAUGAAAAUGCAUUCAAAAUCCUAAGUGAAUUCGAUAAUGAAGACAAAUCUCUUGAUAAAAUUGAAAUGAGUUAUGGGAUUAAUUUUGAUAAUAAAAAUAGUGAAAUAAAGAAUAAAGGAAAAGGGGUUGAACGAAAUGACAUCAAACAAAACGAAGAAAAACCCUCUUGGAUUUUAUUUUAUGACUUAUUAAACUCGGCUCGGUUGAUGAAAGAAAGUACCCAAGGUUGUUUCGACAAACAAUUAUUCGAGCAGGCAAUAGUUAUGGGUGAGAAACUUUCCACAAAUUAUUCUAGGAUUGCUGAAAUUUCUCGAGGCUUGCGUAUCAUAAAGGAAAAAUAUUCUGAAAUUUUAGUAGAUCACGAGAAAAUCAAAUAA